AUGGGUGGAGCUGAUUCUGUGAACUCAUUGCUAUCAGUCCUCAUAUUUUCUCUAGUAAUUGUCAUGCUCUACAGCCUUUUAUGGUGGAUCUACAGUCGCAGACAGAACCAUGUGGUCUCUAGGGAACUUACCGAAGCAGCACUUCAACUACGAGUAGUGCAUCCUGGUGAUGAUGAAACUAGAGGUCUGCCGCCAUCAGUCAUCGCUUCCCUGCCGAAAUUUGUAUACAGAGAGACUGCAACCUCCACCGCUACCACCGCCGCAGGCGAUGAUGGGCGUGGAACGAAAGAAUGUGCGGUUUGCUUGGGUUGUUUCAAGGAAGAAGAGAUAGGUUUGCUUCUACCCAACUGUAAACAUAUGUUCCAUGCACAAUGUAUCAUUUUGUGGUUGGGUUUACACUCUACUUGCCCUAUUUGCCGCUGUGAAGUUGAACCUCAUGAUGCCCUUUCUAGAAGGAUUAUCAGCUUCAGAGUAUAGAUAUAUAUCAUACUAUUAUAUAAAUGUAUAUACCUUGGAUGACGAGGGGAGGAGAGUUCAACCU